UGCCACCGCCACCGCGGUGCCAUCCCGCGCAGGGGCCGCGCAGGGCGGGGGGAGGCGCAGCAUGAGCGGGCGCCCUCCCGCGGCCACCGGCGCAGCGCCCCCGCGCCAUGGAGGGAUUCCCCGCCCGCGGGUACGGCACCGGCGGCGCGGACAACCGGCCGCUCUUCGGGGAGACCUCGGCCAGGGACAGAAUCAUCAAUCUAGUUGUUGGUGGCUUAACAACCUUGCUGCUUCUAGUCACUCUAAUCAGUGCUUUUGUCUUCCCGCAACUACCUCCAAAACCUGUGAAUGUAUUUUUUGCUUUCUGCAUCUCCUUGUGUUGCAUUUCUGCUGGCAUUCUUAUCUACUGGUAUCGACAAGGAGACCUGGAACCCAAAUUUAGAAAUCUAAUUUACUACAUAUUGUUUUCUAUUGUCAUGUUAUGUAUAUGUGCCAACCUGUACUUCCACGAAGUGGGUAAAUGAA